AUGGCCAAGAGUUUCGCAGCUGCAGUUCAAGCCGAUAGACAUAUCCUGGCUCAGACAAAAGUGGAAGAAGAGAGCGCGUCUAAAGAUCGAGGUAUUGCACGUCGAUGGACGGACGAUGAGCAUCUAGUCUUGAGCAAUGACUUCGAGGCAGAAACAGCAGGUUUAGAUGACGAGACUCUGGCAAAACUCGAGAUCUUGUAUGUGUCCGGUUUGGAGGGAUACUACGACACAGAGGAUGGGGGAAUAGCUGGGGCUGAAACUGAGCAAGCCGAGUCAUCUGCUUGGGCAGCUCGACGACCCCGUCAAUCACGACCACAACUUCGUCAAUGUGUGGCCUGUGGAGAUGAUACAGAGUUUUUCAACGUGGCGCGUGUCCCCUGUCAACACGAGUAUUGUCGUUCUUGUUUGGAGGAUCUUUUCAAAGCCUCAAUAACAGACGAAUCGUUGUUUCCUCCACGAUGCUGCCGGCAACCCAUCAAUUUGAGCACGGCUCGGAUAUUUCUCAAGUUUGAUCUCGUCCAACUGUACGAGAAAAAGAAGGUUGAAUUUGAAACGCCAAACAGAACGUACUGCUACUCUACCGAAUGUUCCGUUUUCAUCGGGGAAUCUCAUAUCGAAGGUGAAGUAGCUACAUGCCCCGACUGCCAGCGCACGACCUGCACAAAUUGCAAAGGGCGAGCCCAUACGGGAGAUUGUCCAAACGACUCUGCUAUGCAACAGCUCUUGUCAGCUGCACAAGAGAAUGGAUGGCAACGCUGCUAUUCAUGUUGGCGACUAGUGGAACUGGAUCAUGGUUGCAAUCAUAUGAUAUGCCGCUGUGGUGCCGAAUUCUGUUACAAUUGUGGGGAAAAGUGGAAGAAUUGCGCAUGUGAACAAUGGGACGAGCAUCGUCUCCUUGCGCGUGCAUACCAAAUAGUCGAUCGAGAAGUGGCCUAUCUGCCUGCCGCCAACCCCCCACCAGAUAUUCCUGAACAUCGGCUGGAGGAUCAACUUGAACCAGACAUCGACGAACCUCACAUUGAAAUUCAAGAGACACAACCAGAUGAACCUCAACGAUGCAAGAGCUCAGAGACAACCACGAGUGCUGGCAUGGUCGAUGGAAAUAUGUACGGGGACCCCAUCGAUGUGAAGAAUGCUCUCAUUAUUUGCGUCAAUAUAUAUUUGAAUGUCGUCAAUGCAGGCUCCAAGCUUGCAACCGCUGCAGAAGGAAUAGACUCUGAUACAGCCAUUCCGUGA